AUGUUGAGGCGGCUUCUGAUUGGCUGCCGAGAGCGAGGCUGCGGCAGCGACCCGGUUCCCCACGCUCUAACCCCUCUCUCCCUCUCUCCAGCCGCGCGCCGUGCCGCAGCCAUGCCCGGCCCGUCGGGCAGUGCCAGCCUGGCGCCCGAGGAGCGGGUGCGGCGGCUGGUGCGGGCGGGCAGCCUGGUGCAGGUGAGCCCCGACGUGCCCCCGCGCCGCUACUUCCGCUCGGGCGUGGAGAUGCUGCGCAUGGCCACGGUGUACUGCCAGGAGGGCAACCUGGAGCACGCCUUCAUCCUCUACCACAAGUACAUCACGCUCUUCAUCGAGAAGCUGCCGCAGCACCGCGAUUACAAAACCGCCGUCAUCCCUGAGAAGAGGGAGACGGUCAAACAACUGAAGGAAGUGGCCUUUCCCAAGGCCGAAGAGCUGAAGGAGGAGCUGCUAAAGAGGUACGCCCAGGACUAUGCUAAGUACAAGGAGCAGGAGCAGCAGCUGGAGGAGGAGAGGACUCGUGUGGCCCUGAUGAAGCAGCAGCAGGCGGAGCAGGAGCAGUUCCACGCCUUCGAGGAGAUGAUCCGGCAGCAGGAGCUGGAGAAGGAGCGCCUGAGGAUCGUGCAGGAGUUUGGGAAGCCAGAGCCACAGGCUGUGGAUGGACCCCUCAUCCCUGGCGUGGAGAAGCCCCCAACAGAUGUAACCCCAAAGGUUCCAGCCUCUCCAGUUCACCCAGCGAGCCCGUCAGCGGGGACUGUGCCCUGCAAACCUCCUGUUGUGGACAGAUCUCUGAAGCCCAGUGCUUUGGGGAGCACAGAGAACAGUGCAGGAGUGGACGUGCUCCGCCAGGUCAUUGUCCCCAGGGAGCUGUGCCACAAGUUCCUGCAGCUGGCUGAUGCCAACACGGUGCGGGGCGUGGAGACCUGUGGGAUCCUCUGUGGGAAGCUGAUGAGGAACGAGUUCACCGUCACGCACGUCAUCGUGCCCAAGCAGCUGGGCGGCCCCGACUCGUGCACCACGCAGAGCGAGGAGGAGCUCUUUGUCAUCCAGGACCAGCAUGGCCUCGUCACCCUGGGCUGGAUCCACACCCACCCCACGCAGACAGCCUUCCUGUCCAGCGUGGACCUGCACACACACUGCUCCUACCAGAUGAUGCUGCCCGAGUCCAUCGCCAUCGUGUGCUCCCCCAAGUACCAGGAGACAGGGUUCUUCAGGCUGACGGAGCACGGCCUGGAGGAGAUCUCAUCCUGCAGGCAGCAGGGCUUCCACCCACACCCCAAAGAUCCCCCUCUGUUCACAACGUGCAGCCACGUGUCCGUGGUGGAGAGGGACGUGGUGCUGCUGGAUCUCCGAUGACCCUCCUGCCUUGUGCCCUCUCAGGAGCCACCCCCUCCCCUCAGGCCCUGCCAGGGACUCUUCCUCUCCUGUAGCAGAUGAUUCCUCCCCACCGUGCUGUGAUCCCUCCCUGCCUCCCCUGGAGGCCCUGCACCCUCAGUGCCUGCUCCAGGCGUGGGCAGAGGCCAGCUGGGAGCCCAGAGACAGAAGCCAACACUAAAGCAGUUGUUUAACUCUACCCCACGGCCUCCUGGGGAGGUUCUUUGGGACCUGCUGCAGCCCUGAGGUGUGGAAACCUCUCCAAGUGCUUUUGGGACUUGCCCACUUUAACCCUGCCCUGUUCUGUCCCCAUUCUGGGCUGCUGGAGCAGAUAAACCUUUCCCAUGGUUCAAA